CUUGAUCCACAGGCCGGUGCUGGCGCUGCAGUCCCAACUUGACCAGUAACUAUCACCAGACAGCCGAAGGAAAUCAUGUCCCAUGAAGAUAUCAUGCUGACCGUUACCUUUCGCGGGAAAUCACACACUGUUUUCCUCCCGAAUGACGCCCCUCUCUCUGCUCUCCACUCCCGUCUCGAGCUCCUCACUUCUGUUCCGCCAUCAUUACAGAAACUCAUUUAUAGAGGAAAGAAAUUCCAGCAUCGACAGGAUGACUCAGAUCCAGAACCCACCAUCGCCCAAGCAGGUCUUCGCGAUGGUAUCAAAGUGCAAAUGCUUGGCUCGACAGUAGAAGAACUCGGACAACUGAAUGCAGCUGACUCGGCACACCAGAAGAAGGAGCAAAUUCUCAGAGAGAGGGCGCUAAAGCCACAGGUCAAGCUUCGUUCGACCGGGUCAUCGUCUACUUCGUCACACCAGUACCGCUUUCACCGUAUAGAAGCGCUCACUCAUCUGCCGCGACCUGAAACAGCGACGGAGUGUCUCACAACUCUUUCCAAGGACCCUGCAGUCCUACAUGUCAUGCAGAAGCAUCGUUUUUCUGUGGGCUUGCUUACCGAGCUUGCACCACACGAGCACCCUGGACUUCUGGGUCUUAACGUCGGGAGUGGAGGUACCAUCAAGCUGCGAAUUCGGCUCGAUACGUAUGAUGGAUUUCGUCCGUACCUGGAGGUCAGGCGCGUGUUGUGCCAUGAACUGGCUCACAAUGAGUGGGGCGAACAUAACAAUGAUUUUAAAGAGCUAAAUUCUCAGCUCAAUCGUGAGGUUGCAGAAUUUGAGGCUGCAGCAAGAGCAGGAACACAUGGACUUUCUGAUUUAGGAGACACAUAUCAGCCGUCGUCGGACGGAGAAGUAGAGGCACUUGUUCAUGUUCUAGGAGGCACAGACCUUCGAGGUAACGAUACCACGGACGAACAUCGGAUGAGGGCGCUGGAAGCUGCCACAGCGCGUCUUAGGAACGAAGAACUAGAACGGAGCUGCGGGACUUCUGGACCGCAGAAGCAAUCUGGUUGAUAGCUGAGUUAAUGGUAACUACAUAUAUUUCAGGCUAGUGAUGGUGGUUUGAAUUUAUUUCUGUGCUAGUAUACCAGGUCAGACAAUUUGAAAGUCAGUCGCACAUUGACACUCAAUGAAUUAAAAGGUGAUCAACCAUUCCUUAUAGCAAACGUUGCUCGCGUGAUGUAUAGAAGUUG